AUGAAUGAAGAAGUAGUGACCUGUAGAAAUAUUAAGUUAAUUGAUAUAGGCCCUUGCAAUAUACAUAUAAUUCAUAAUGGAUUUCUUAAAGGUGUAUUUAAAUUAGGUGAAGAUGCAUCUCAGUUAAUUGUUGCUGUUUACUAUUAUUUUAAUGGAUGGCCAACCAGAUGGGAGGAGUUUACACGUAUUUUAGAAAAAUUAGAUCUACCAAUACUUCAUUUCAUAAAGCAUGUACCCUCAAGAUGGUUAACAAUCUAUAAUUCUUCCAAAAGACUUAUUGAAAACUGGACAGCAGUUGAAAAAUAUUUUUUGGAUUUUAUACCAAAAGAAAAAUCGUCCCUAUUAUCAACAAAUAGUUAUAAAAAAAUAAGAGAAGCUCUUAUUACACCAAAUAUGAAAUGUGAAGUGUUGUUUUUACAAAGUAGUUCUCAAAUAUUCACAAAUUACACUGGAAAUAUGCAGAAAAGAAGAGCCUCUUGUGCAUAUUAUGUACAGUGA